AAUGCAGAGAAAUGAAUGAAACAUGUGACAAGGUGUGAUUAGUUAUCCACCAAUCUUCUGGGUGUUUGUUGGCAGAUGGGUCUUUUGUCGGGGUAAUUUGUUUGACAGAAUAACCAGGUAGAUAAUUACCUGUUGCUUUUGUGGCUAUUAGGGCCAUUGUUGUGUUAAAAAAACGUCAUUAUAGUGAAUAUUCAUUGCUUGGUAGAGCAACUAAAUGGGGUCAUUGUAUGUGUCUGACCUGAGGCCAAAUGUUUUUCUUUCUGUUUAACACCUGAUUCGACAUAGCACACUGUUUUGGCACAUUAAACGGAGGAAAUCUCUACAGAUUUAAACAUGCAGUGUUGACUGUAAUUCUCCUUAAAUUACAAAGACAAGUUAAAUUCAAAUCUGGUGCUGAUGGGAACUACUUGCUCUUAAACCACAGAUGCACAUAUAGGCUCAGUUGCAUCAGAUUAGCGCACUAUUCACCCUGGAUGCAAAUAAACAUGAUAGGGUAUUAAGAGGCUGGAGCGGAAAGGGGUGUGACCAGGGUGUUGUGUUUCAUGUCAAACCACCUGGAGAGGAGACACUUAAAGCGCGCGGGUACAGGGUGCUAGCGUCAGUUCAGAGGACAGACACUCAGAGAAGGCCACAUCUAUUGAAUGACUACUUGAGUAGCUGAAUUGGACUGCGAGACUUUGCUGGAAUGGACAGCAGGAUCAGACCGCUCGGCAUGCCUGGGCACACCGCCAACCCGCUCAGUGGCUUGCAGGUACCACCUUCCCUCCUGCGCCCUCCGCCCCUCUUUCUUCGGGCUUGCAAUCCCGCGCUGGAGAGGGGAUACCCGCGCACACCGAAGUGUGCCAGAUGCAGAAAUCACGGAGUAGUAUCCGCGCUCAAAGGCCACAAGCGCUUCUGCCGCUGGAGAGACUGUGUGUGCGCAAAGUGCACCCUGAUAGCGGAGAGGCAGCGCGUGAUGGCUGCGCAAGUGGCGCUGAGGAGGCAGCAGGCACAGGAGGAGAGCGAGGCCCGGGACCUCCGGCUCUUGUAUCCCGGGUCAGAGGCAGGGAUUCCUCAAGGGUCACCUGUAGGCCCUGCAGCAACAAGCAACACUCCAGUGGCUCCAAGUUUUGAUGUUUUUGGAGCAGAUAACCAAAAAGAAGAUGACAAAUUAAGCAAGUAUAACUUUUACAACGGAUUUAUGGGUCGACCUCUCUUUGCCCCCCACGCUGCACGCCUACACUCACCAAACGACAAGAAGGAUCUGUCUCCAAACAGAGACAACGCCACUUCAUUAAACGGUGACAGCGCGAGUCCAUCACCAGUGUUUGAUAACACAGAUAGCCCGCAAAGGUCCUUUUCCUCCUCCGAUCCAGAGUCAGGCAGUGAGUCGGAGAAACCGAAAGACUACCCGAUCCUGGACCGGGACCCCACCGACAUCAUGGCAAAGAUAUUCCCCCACCAGAAGCGGGACACUUUAGAGUCUAUGGUGAGAACGUGUAAAGGAGACAUUGUCAGGUCAAUUGAACUUGUACUAAGCUCCAAAGAAAACAGAACUGACUCUGAUGUUCCCAGGCCUUCUGUUGGGUUUUCUGGAGCGCUCGGGGCUCCCGGGAACAAGUCCGCAUUCUCUCCGCUCCACCUUCCUCCAACGACCGCAGGGGGAGACAUGUACGGACUCGGGCCUCGCCUCGGUGUCAGCCCCCUGCGGAUGGCCUAUUCCUCUCCAAACGGAGCCAUGGCAGGUUUUAUGUCACCAUACAUGACAUCAGGACUGAUGCCAGUGUUUCCACUGCGUCCACCUCUGGACUCCUACUCCUUUCCAGGCAUGAUCAGGGACCUUGCUUACCUCCAAAGCAAGGAAUCACUGUGCAGUACAAACCUUUACGCACGACUGAACGCAGAAAAAUGACAAACGAAACAUUAGGACAUGACACGUUAAAAUAUUGUUAGAAAUUGGCUUUCCAAUUUUUGCUGAAAUGUACCAUUAAAGUGCCUGAACUGAUUUGACAAAAUGUUUCCUAAAAAUACUUGACUGUUUUUAUACUGUAUAAAUGUACAAAGUUUGUUAUUAUAAAUAAAGUUUUCAAAAAUG